GCGAGUCUCCGUGAGCACUAGUUCCCGUCUCCUAUCUCAGCUCGCCUACAGGCCGUUGCCUACCCGCUGGCUUCCUCCGCUACCGCAGGGCGGGCCGGAACUUUUGUCCAUAGGAACGGGUUUCCACUGUUGAGUGUUGCCGGCCGGCGUCCAGGAGAAUAGGGUGCCAUCCUCUUCCUUUUGCCGUCGCUGCCGCGGAGCAGAGUCGAGCUGAUUUGAUCAGGGAGCGCGGUUACCAGACGGGCUGGGUCUAUGGUCGCUCCGCGGGCCGCUCCGCCGGCUGGUGCUUUUUUAUCAGGGCAAGCUGUGUUCCAUGGCAGGGAACUUUUGGCAGAGCUCCCACUAUUUGCAAUGGAUUUUGGAUAAACAAGAUCUAUUGAAGGAACGCCAAAAGGACUUGAAGUUUCUCUCAGAAGAAGAGUAUUGGAAAUUACAAAUAUUUUUUACAAAUGUUAUCCAAGCAUUAGGUGAACAUCUUAAAUUAAGACAACAAGUUAUUGCCACUGCUACAGUCUAUUUCAAGAGAUUCUAUGCCAGGUAUUCUCUGAAAAGUAUAGAUCCUGUAUUAAUGGCUCCUACAUGUGUGUUUUUGGCAUCCAAAGUAGAGGAAUUUGGAGUAGUCUCAAAUACAAGAUUGAUUGCUGCUGCUACUUCUGUAUUAAAAACUAGAUUUUCAUAUGCCUUUCCAAAGGAAUUUCCUUAUAGGAUGAAUCAUGUAUUAGAAUGUGAAUUCUAUCUUUUAGAACUAAUGGAUUGUUGCUUGAUAGUGUAUCAUCCUUAUAGACCUUUGCUCCAGUAUGUGCAGGACAUGGGCCAAGAAGACAUGUUGCUUCCCCUUGCAUGGAGGAUAGUGAAUGAUACCUACAGAACGGAUCUUUGCCUACUGUAUCCUCCUUUCAUGAUAGCUUUAGCUUGCCUACACGUAGCCUGUGUUGUACAGCAGAAAGAUGCCAGACAGUGGUUUGCUGAACUUUCUGUGGAUAUGGAAAAGAUUUUGGAAAUAAUCAGGGUUAUUUUAAAACUAUAUGAGCAGUGGAAGAAUUUUGAUGAGAGAAAAGAGAUGGCAACUAUUCUUAGUAAGAUGCCGAAACCAAAACCUCCUCCAAACAGAAAUUCCCUGAGUGAUUCUCCACUAGUGGCAGGGCCUGAAGCUGCAAGAUGAUGGUGGACAAGAUAAGGCAAUAAUCCUAUUGCCACAUUCAAUGUGAAGGAGAGCAGGGUCCAAAUGGAAGUCAGAACUCUAGCUACAGCCAAUCUUAAAACAUUCCGAAGAAUUCCAUAGUGGACCACUUGGAAAUAAACCAUUGGACAGAUUUCAGUAAUGUCUUCAAUGGAACACAAAUGAAAAUGAAUAGCUUGUUUCUGUCAAGCAUAUUUGGAAGUGAUUUUAUUUUUGCAAAAUUAGUUUCUUUACCUAAUUUGAUUCUAGUACAUAACUGAUUAAAUCUGUUGAUUAUAAAAUUUGGAAAGGUUCUAAGGGGACCUACAGACAGACAUACAUAGAUAUUUCAAAAUUAAUAGCUUUUGAUUAGUAUAAUAUUUCUUAAUCUGGAUAAUAAAAAUUGUAGCUUUUUAUUAAGCCAGGAAACAUGGAGCAUAAUUUCUUUAAAUUUCUCUUUGGUCAUUGAGGGACCAAAAAAGGACAUAAAAAGUUAGUAUAUGAGGGGUUUUUUUUCCCCCUCCAUACGUUUAACUUUAAAACUGUAUUUAAAGAAUCAAAUCUUACAAAAUCCUGGAAGAUUUUGGUAACGAUGUUGAUAAUUUCAGGGAAAUUAAUCAAGUACCUAUUGAUUUAAAAGUGUAUUUUAUUCAAUAGUUUUGGUAUCUUGCCAUGGAAGAUACUAGCCCCAGCCUAGCAGAAAAGUGCAAUAUGUAUAGCAUACUUUGACAUUUUAAAAGUAAUAUUCCAUAACCAUUUUGAAAUGCUGGGCAAACAGAAAAAAAAAAUCUACAUGAAGUUACUUGCAAUUAAUUCACAGUUAAUCAGGCAUUUUGCAAAUUUAAUUGGAUAAAAAACCAUAAUGUUGAAAUUUAGUAAAAUUUUAAUGUUACCUUUUACUGUGAAAAGUUUUUAACAAGAUAUACACACCCUAGUUUAAUUUUGUGUCUUAACGUGGAUUUACAAAUUUACUACAAGUAUCCUGAGCCAGGAACACAAUCAGGUUUCAGGCCAGUUUGGUACUGGCUGUUCUUAAUUCUCAGAUGAGUGUAGGACUUCAUAUUAAAUGUUAUGUCAGUGGGACUGUGCUGUCUGUGGAACUUAAUAAAUUAAUCAUUUUCUUCAGACUUGAAGGAGAGUGAUAACAUUUGGAGUCAUAGGAUAUUGAUGUACAAUUUAAGGAUUAAAAUUUUUUAAUAAAUCAAUUGUGGACAAUGGGUUAUUAAAUUAAAUGUUGGCUUCCUAGUAUAAAACUGCAAGAAUAAAAGCAAGUUCUCCAGC